AUGACGGCCCUCAGAUCCUUUCAGGCCGAGAUCGAGCAGUUCUCGCAGGAGAGACAACGACAAGCAAUCAGAGAAGCCCGCGAGGCUCACGCCGCCGCCGAGGCGGCCAAGCACCACCACAAGGUCAAGCAGCACGACGUCGUGGUCAGCGUCGUCGAGGACCGUGACACGGACGCGGUUUCAGCAGAGAACAUCAGCGUCGAGGAGGCGCUCUUUGACGCCGACGACGAGGCGCUCAAGUCAAGAUUAGUGUCGAAGCUGCUGCAGGACCACGGCGAGUACAUCGUGGCUCUCGGCGCGCACGCCAUUACCGAGGAAGGCGAGGUCAAGGGUACGCCAAUCACGAAGGAGCAACUCGACAAGGCUGUCGAGCGAUUACGAACAACAUGCGCCGCCAUCAAGGCGGAGAUGACUGAGCUCUACCGCAACGACGCCAAGGACGGUCCUUUCGGCACCUGGCUUGUGCGCCUGCGCCCAGCGAGCGUGGAGGAGGUGCAGGAGGUGCGCGUUGCGGUCGUCGGCAACGUCGAUGCGGGGAAGAGCACGAUCCUCGGUGUCCUGACAAGAGGCGGCCUCGAUGACGGUCGCGGAAAGGCACGUGUUGCCCUCUUCAAGCACCCGCAUGAGGUGGAGACGGGCCGCACAUCCUCCAUUGGAGGCGAGAUUCUCGGAUUCACGACUGAGGGCAAGCCAAUAUACCCUUCGACACCGGCCAUUGCGGACUCUGUGAAGCGCGAGAAGCUUGCUUGGGACGAGAUCUACAAGCAAGCCGCAAAGGUCGUGUCUUUCAUUGACCUCGCGGGCCACGAGCGCUACUUCAAGACCACGGUGUUCGGCCUCUCGGGACACGCUCCCGACUACGUCAUGCUUAUUGUGGGAGGGAAUGCUGGUCUGAUCGGAAUGUCCAAGGAGCAUCUUGGCGUAGCUCUCGCUCUGAACGUUCCAAUCAUUGUCUGUGUGACCAAGACGGUGUCCAUGUUGAAGAGAGUUCUCCAGAGCCCGGGAUGUCGUAAGACGCCAGUCUUCGUCGAGAACGAGCAACAGGCGAUCGACUGCGCGCUUGACAUGACAAGAAAUCGGUCAUCCAAGAUUUGUCCCGUCUUCAUGCUCUCGAACGUGACGGGCGACAACUUGCCGAAUCUGCGCAGCUUCCUGAACAUUCUUCCCUCGUCGCAGAAUAACGAGAAGUAUGUAACUGACGCGCCGUUCGAGCUGCACAUCAGCGACGCGUUCUCGGUGCCCUUCAUCGGCACGGUCGUGUCUGGCGUCAUUGAGUCUGGCGUUGUCAAGCCCAACGACCAAGUGCUCGUCGGCCCCGACUCGCUCGGUCACUUCAUCCCCACAGCCAUCAGGAGUAUCGAGAAAAAGCGCGUCAAGGUCGACUCGGCUGAAGCUGGUCAAUGCGUUGCUCUCGCGCUCAAGCGCAUCCGCCGCAGCCAAGUGCGUAAGGGCAUGGUGCUCAUGGCCAAGACCGAGAUUCAUCCCAUGGCCGUGAAGCGCUUCGAGGGCAUGGUCAUGGUGCUGCACCACAGCUCGACAAUUCAGCCACGCUACACUGCGAUGCUUCACUGCGGCGCAGUGCGCGCGUCGACGCAGAUUGUCAGCCUCGACCACCCGUCUGGCCUCAUCAGGACUGGCGACCGCGCAAAGGUCGUGUUCGAGUUCAUCGGCCAGGCCGAGUUUGUCAAGGAGGGGCAGCUCAUCCUCCUCCGCGAAGCCAAGACGAAGGUCCUCGGCGUUGUGACCAAGGUGCUCGACUGA